GCGCCGGGCCGGGAGAGCCCCAGCGGCGAUUCGUCAUCCGUUCCCCCACUGCGAGCUCGGAACCACGUGCAGUGUACACCUGCCUUUAUCUUACGCGGCGACACACCAAUUUAUUUAGUCUCUCACCCGACACCACGCGUGCGACAUCGGAUUUUGGGGGAUGCAGUAGUUUUCGAUCGCUAUGGAUACGAUCGCAAUCCCUUCGUGUGCGUUGCAUAGGCAGUCGACCACCGUGAUAGUUAGGAUGAAGGACGUGGAAGUGCCGAGCUGGUGCCAGCCCGAGGAGUGCCCGGCCCAGGGCGUCCCGAGGGUGCAGCACAGACCCUCAGGAUGUGAACAAUGCAGUAGGACUAGACUAAUUAGCCAAUACAGUGACUGUGAUAGUGGUAUAGUGGAAAAAUGCAGACCAUACAAAUCAAGCGCGGCAAGAAGUAGAUACGUCAACGUCUGUGCAGCGGUGUGCCUGUUACUUCUCAUCGGCGGACUUUCCCCUAGAUCGUGCGCGGCGCCGUACCGGAGUCGCGCCAUGGACAGACAGAGGCGGGCGGCGGACGAGGAGAACUACUUAUGGCGCAACCCUUGCAGCUAUAAUGAUUCUAAUUCCAAAUCAUCAUACUUGCCAAGUAACGCGAAAUUCGUCGCACAGCAAGCCAACUACGUGUACCAACAGACGGCGAGCUACAAAGACGAAUUCACAAAGUUGCACAGUUUCGAUACGUUCGAAAACUUGCUGAAGGAAUGGAAGGACGACUGGCUGAGGAAUUUCUCGUGGUUCCGUGAUGAGGUUCUGCCGCACAAGAAGGUUCUCUUCCAAACGGUUCCUGAUGAAGACAUAGCAUCAUUAAUGAGCAAAAUUGAUGAAGUUCUCCCCUCGAUGUACAAGGGCCUGAAGAUGAUCGUGGCCAGCCUGUACAAGCUCAGUCAGAGCCUGGAGCACGACGGCAUCAGCUCGGACGAGGAGCUCGCCAACAACAUCUCUCAGACCAUGAAAGAUGUUAGAGCCGUGCUCUGCUACUUCUACGAUCUAAUGAAAGCUCGUAAUCUGGAAAUCCUACCAGUGUACGACUCAGAGAUCCCGGUCAUCGACAAGAAGAACAAAUUGGAAAUCGGUCUCUACAUUUACCGGGACACGCUUAACUACCUGGAGUACCUGGGACAGGUGUUCAAGAAGAUGUCCGAAACUGACCUCCCACCAACCGCUUGAUGCAAUUGCCUUGGUUGUGCUAGCUAGAUUAAAAACCGCUGAUGAGGAACUUCGUUUACACUACCCAUUAAUAUAGCUGCUAGUUUUAUUUUAACAACGACAAGAAAAGUAUUUUGGAGCGCAUUGAGGCUGCUCAGAUCGCCAUAGAAAAGACUUUUCGCAUUGUACUUAACUUAAUUUUAAUAUAAUUGUCAAUACUCCAUCCGUUGUAGAUUGUUACUGUAUUGAGUCAACUGCGGAUUAUUCUAAGUUUUGGUCUCAUCGUUCCUCAGUUUCAACGUCGGUUGGAUGAACUUCUUGUAGUAAAAUUGAAUAUUUGGCUGUUUUUUAGCGAAUUAAUGUAGUAGAAAAACGUCAUUGCCAUUACAUUGCCAUUUUUGGUCUAGAACGGAUAAGUUCCUUUUAAUGUAAAUAGUGACGAAUUUAAAAGCUAAUUAAUUUAUUGUCUGCUGAUUAACAUUCAAAAUUUCCCGAUUAUCCUAGUCAAGGUCUUAACUUAUUUAUUUCUCAUGUAACUCCACUUAGUUUCAAUUUCUUUAUUAUUGAUUAUUUAAUUUAGAUUAUAGUAUUAGUCUUCAUUCCACCAGAUGAUAAAUGUUGUAUGAGUAUGCUGUGUAAAUUAUUUGAGCGAUGUAUGAUACUUUGAUGUGACAUUGUGGAUUGAGAGGAUAUUUAUUUGUAUACAGAUGUAGUGAUAUUAUGACGUAUCAUGGAUUCAUGACGCAACUGCUACUGUAUAUUACAAUAGUACUCUAUUCCUACUUUCUUUAGUAUUACUUUGACACUUUGUUAACUAUUUAUAUAACUGUUAAAUCCAAUGAAAUACGACUAGCUUUAAUAGAGCUGUUAAUUAUUAUUAUAAAGUACAGAGCCAGUGUAUUUAUAUCUUAAUCAUUAUUUGUACAGUUAAAAUAAUACUUAUUUAUAACUGUGGCAAACAUGGUUCAAUGUU